AUGUCGGGGCGCUCCUUCGAGCGUGCGGCUUUGCGGCUCUACGCAAAGGGUAGGCUAGCCAACGCCCUGAAGCCCAUCUCCACGGUCCAUGAAAGGGUUGAAGCAAUACAAAAGAUCGAGGGAAGUGACAGCGCAGGGCAAACCGAGCGCACUACGGACCCUGAAUUUCUCAAAUGGGCUACCGAGCAGCUCAAAGAAGUGUUGGCGAAUCCUGAGCAGGUCCACAAGCAGGAUGGUGUUGCACUGGCGGAUCUCAUGAGGUGGGAGCACAGCGAUGACUCUUUGUUCGAGAGUAUGGUCGUGAUGGCAAAGAAGUACGCCUCAAACACGCCGUUCGUCGUCUCGUUACUGGCUACUAUGCCAAGAGCAGAUGACACCCACAAAGGAGCAUGGAGGGACAUCCUGUCGGAAAUGCUCCAGAUGUUCAGCCUUUGUCACGAGCCGGAGCCCGAACCGGCACCAGAAUCGGCACCUAGAUCUAACAUUGGAUUGGGCUACGGCUCUCGCGGGGUUGUACUGAGCGAAGGCACUUGGGGGGUCGCGUAUCCCAGUCGUCUUGCAAUGGCCACGUACCCAUCGAUUUAUGGCGUUCACGCACCAGCUAAACCUCGUAAAGCACCGUUCGAUCCGAAAGCCAUGGCGGAGCUGUUACGGGAUUGCCUUUCAGAGAAUUUCGAACCCGAAGCGAAGACCAUACUGGACAAGGUGGUCUCUGACGCGGACCGCAUUAACACUAGUGACUUCCACACAAUGUUACUUCCCUUUCUGAAGGAGGUAGUCCUUGUUUUACGAGCGCAGAGUGUUCCUCUGACGGACUCUCGCUUCCAGGCUCUCUAUCAAUCCGUGAUCAAUUCAUACAUCAUGCGGUACGUUGGCAUGGAGCCUGCUCCGCCUCCAAAUUGGACCCGUCCUCCAGCAGGCUGUGGCUGCGCGGAUUGCGCCCGGCUCGAUGAGUUCCUUGUGAGUCCCACGGAAUCAGUUGGCCGCUUCUCAAUGGCGGAAAAAAGGCGCAAACAUCUGCACUACCAGCUUGAGAGCCAGCGUGGCGAUUACACCCAGGAUACUGAGCGCACACGCAGUCCUUACACGCUAGUCGUGACGAAGACGAACAAAAGUUACAACGACGCAUUGCAUAAGUGGCAGGCGAGGAGAGAGGAGGCUCGUUCUGACAUUAGGGCAAUAGGGGAUAAGAACCUGAGAGCGUUGCUGGGAGAUCGAUACGCAGAGUUGACACAGUUUACUGCAGUCACCUUGCCCGAAGCCGCAAGGGUGCUGCCUACGACUCGGACGCUACCUCCGCUACCAUCUGUAAACAGGGCGCACAACACACGACCGGCCAAGCGGCAGAGAUUGGAUCAUGGUUACCGUCCGGGGCCUCCGCGUCCCGGGCAACCUUACAGUCAACCGUGGGGACGAGCAGCACAAGGUCCUUCUAGCACAUAUAGACCAUCAGGAGCUGCGGCAGCGCAGCCGUUGGCGCCUACUUCGGGCAACCAAAUUCCCCCUAUGGCGGAUGUAUCGAGGCCUACUGGUUUACACCCUGGGUCGACGACGCAGAGCGUCAAUCCUAUCAGAAAGAGAAAGGCGAUCCCCGAACUCGUCGACCUUACCGGCGAGGAUUGA